AGAUUUUCUUUCAGUUUUUCCAUUACAGAAAUUUUGUGCAAAUUCAUAAAAAAUCAGAAAAAAAUAGCAUUAGAACCGAAAUUAAUAAAAAUUUAAGUUUAAAAUUUGAUAAAAAAUUAAUAACUAAAAUACAAAUGUAUAUUUAAAUUUAUAAAAAUGAUUCUGGGCCAAUUUCAAAAGUUAGCUUCGCUCAAAUGUGUUGCGCCUACGUUUGCGCUCCAAGCGUCGAACAUUUUUGGAGACGUCGUAAAGUGUUUCAGUUCGAAAUGCGAUGGAGGUAAGAGUAAAAAAUCAAAAAAAGAUAAAAAGUCAAAGAAAGGUGGAAACGAUAAAGCAUGUGCUGAUGGUAAAGAUAAAAAGAAAGGUGGCAAGGAUAACUUAUCCGCAGUGCUGCAUGGCAUCGAAGAUUUGCGACUGGAACAAACGCCAAUACCAGAAGUUCUACCAGGACAGGUACUGCUUGCCAUGGAUACAGUGGGUAUUUGCGGUACCGAUGUGCAUUUCUUAGUAAAAGGUCGAGUCGGCUCGUUUGUGCUGAAAAAACCGAUCAUUAUUGGACAUGAAGCUUCCGGUAUUGUCGCAAAAUUGGGUAAGGGUGUUAAGAAUUUGAAAGAAGGUGAUCGUGUCGCCAUCGAACCGGGUGAAUGUUGUCGUAUAUGCGAACAUUGUAAGAAGGGUAGAUAUAAUUUAUGCCCUGAUAUGAAAUUCUGUGCUAAUCCACCGUAUAAUGGAAAUUUGCGUCGCUAUUACGCACAUAUGGCUGAUUUUUGCUACAAAUUACCCGAUCAUGUCACGAUGGAGGAGGGCGCUUUGUUGGAACCAUUAUCAAUUGGAGUCGCUACGUGUCGACGUGCGAAAAUUCGACUCGGUUCGCAUGUACUCAUCAUAGGUGCUGGACCCAUUGGAUUAGUGACACAUAUUGUGGCACAAGCAUGGGGUGCUGCAUCGACGACCAUCCUCGAUUUCGAAGAGCAUCGACUUAAAGUGGCAAUGGAUUUGGGUGUGACCAACGCAUUUAAGGUGUGUAAGGAUAUGGAUGUGCAAGAAGCUGCAAAUAAAUUAAUUAAAAAUAUUGGAGUUAGGCCUGAUAGAACAAUCGAUUGUGUGGGCAAUGAACAAGCCGUGAGAAUAGGAAUCUAUGCCACGCGUUCCGGUGGUAUAUGCACAGUUGUUGGCAUGGGCGCAGCAGAUGUAAAGUUCCCCCUAAUGGAAGCGCUCACACGGGAAGUGGAUCUGAAUGGAGUCUUCCGUUAUUGCAAUGAUUAUCAAUCAGCUUUGGAAUUAGUUUCCUCAAAGGAUACGGGUGUCAAGAAAUUGGUCACGCAUCAUUUUGAUAUUGAAGAUAGUCUUGAAGCUUUUGACACGUCACGUCAUAGAAAAGAAAAUGCUAUUAAAGUACUAAUUCAUGUGCAAAAACGUGAUACAAACAACAAAAAACCAUUUGACAAGUAGGCGAACGCUAUUGUAUUAAAAAUUUCGCGAGUAUAUUUGAAUAAAACUUUUUUCUUUACUUAAA